AUGCAAUCUCGACAACGUAAACUUCACAAUACUUCAUCGUUUGAAGAUCGCAUUAUAAUAAAUGUAUGUGGUGAUCGUUAUGAAACUCAUCGUACAACGCUUGAGCUUUAUCCAAAUACACUACUUGGAAAUCGUAAACGACGAAAGUUUUACUAUGAUAAAACACAUAAUGAAUAUUUUUUUGAUCGUAGUCGAUCAUGUUUUGAAGCCAUACUUUAUUAUUAUCAAUCACAUGGUCGAUUAAGACGACCAAACUUUGUUCCAAUUGAUAUGUUUCUCGAAGAAGUAAAUUUUUUUGAAUUAGGCCAAGAAGCUCUUAAUCAAAUACGAAAAGAUGAAGAUAUUAAAGAAGUUAAGAAAGUACGUUUACCCAAAAAUCGUUUUCGAAGACAUUUAUGGGCAACUAUGGAAUAUCCUGAAUAUUCGAUAAUGGCUAAAAUUGUCAGUAUUUUAUCAUUACUUAUGAUUCUUAUUUCAACUAUCGCUCUUGCUAUUGAAUCAUUACCACAAUAUAUAAAUGGCGACCAAUUAGUUUGUUGCAAUUCAUCAAUUAAUAAUUCAAAUAAUACAAAUGAAACAGCACAUGUUUUGAACGAUAGUGAAAAUAUCUGCAUGGAUUACCUUAGAUCACCAUUUUUUAUUAUUCAAACUAUAUGUGUUGCAUUUUUUACAGUUGAACUUGUUCUUCGCAUAAUAAGUGCACCAUCAUGUGUUGAUUUUGUAAAAAAUAUAAUGAAUUGGAUUGAUAUUGCAGCUGUUGUACCAUAUUAUGUUAAACUUGGUAUUUAUUUAGCUGAUCGAAAUAACCGAAUCAAUACAGUAACAGCUGAUGGUUUUCGUUUUUUACGUGUUCUUCGUUUUACACGUGUUCUUAAGUUUUAUCGUGUAUUUCGAAAUGUGAAAUCUUUACGUGCACUUGUAGCGACAAUUCGAGAAUCGCUCUUAGAUUUCUUUAUCAUGAUUAAUAUUUUAACAUUAUUAAGUUUUCUCUUUGGUACUGCUGCUUAUUUUGCUGAAAAUAAUCUAAAUGGUCAAGCAUUUGAUUCCAUACUUAAAGCAACUUAUUGGGGAAUUAUUACAAUUACAGGUGUUGGAUAUGGUGAUAUAACACCUAUCACACCAGUUGGACGAAUAAUAGCAUGUUUGUGUGGAUUAUGUGGUGCUACAACAAUUGGUAUGCUUAUAUCAGUUCUUGUUGAUCGAUAUCAACGUGUUUUUGCUCGAAAACUAUAUAUAAAUGAAGAUAUAAUUGAUUUUUCUGAUUUUUCUGAUGAUGAGCCUAACGAUGCAGAUUCUAGAGAUGGUUCAUUUCAAUUUGAUCAACGUUAUAGUACGAAACAAUUUGAAAAUCCUGAUGCAAGAGUGAAAUUAAAUUCCGAAUUUGAAAAGAAUGGUAAGCAUACAAAAUUGUCAAACAACAUUUCAUCAGCAUCGGCUAUAGAAGUUAUCAAUGAAAAUCCAAUGAAUCAACAUAAUAGUGGUGUUCAUUUUAUUAUUGGUUAUGCUGAUAAUGAGAAACAUGAAAAAUCAUGCGAUUUAUUAAAAACAAUAAGUUCUAUUGUUGCUCAAAAACAAUCUUCAGGUGAUAAUAUAGAAUUAAGUAGUAUAUCUAAUGGAAAACAACAAUCAAGUCCAUAUACUGUUAAAUUUCGUAUUUCCUUCUCGUCUAAUGAAGAUACAGAUGAUGAUGAUGGUGAUGAUGAUGAUAACGAAGAAUUAACUGAAAUUGUUGCUGGUCGUGGAAAAAGAGGAAAUGUACUAAGAAAAUUUAAAUGUCCACCCUCACGAAAAAAUACAAAACAAUAG